ACUGCGGUCGAUCGCUUCCAUUGCUGCUUGUUCAACACUUUCAGUUCAACUUUAACGACUUGCCGUCAACGUUCUGUAAUCGGAGAGAGCAUCAUCAUGGUUAUUAACUUUGCAGCCGGCCCUGCCAAAUUGCCUGAAGAGGUUUUGAAGGAAGUGCAGAGCAAUCUACUCAAUUGCAAUGGCAGCGGCAUAUCCGUAAUGGAAAUGUCCCAUCGCUCCGGCAACUAUGAGAAGAUCCAGGAAUUGGCCAUUGCCAAUCUGCGUGAAUUGCUCAACAUACCCAAGAAUUACAAGGUGCUGUUGAUGCAAGGCGGCGGCACUGGACAAUUUGCAGCGGUGGCAAUGAAUCUGAUUGGACGCACUGGCAGCGCGGAUUAUGUCAUCACCGGCUCCUGGUCGGCCAAGGCGGCCAAGGAAGCGGCCCAAUAUGGCAAGGUGAACGCAGUGCUGCCCAAGUUGGACAAAUACACAGAUGUGCCACGACAGAAGGACUGGAAACUGGAUCCAAAUGCCUCGUAUGUCUACUACUGUGACAACGAAACAGUUGAAGGUGUCGAAUUUGACUUUGUACCCGAGGUGGGAGCGAAUGUUCCGCUGGCCUGUGACAUGUCAUCCAAUUUCCUGUCCAGACCCAUUGAUGUCAGCAAGUUUGGUUUGAUUUUUGCCGGUGCCCAGAAGAAUAUUGGACCAGCCGGUGUCACCGUUAUCAUUGUACGCGAAGAUUUGCUGGGAAAACAGCUGAAAAUCACACCCUCCAUACUGAACUUUGAGUUGAUGGACAAGAACAGCUCACUGCUCAAUACACCGCCCACCUUUGGCAUCUAUGUCAUGGGCUUGGUUUUCCAAUGGAUCAAACGCAAUCAAGGCAUUGAGGGCAUGGCUAAACUGGCCAACGCCAAGUCAAAGUUAAUCUAUGAUAUUAUCGACGGAUCCAAUGGCUUCUACUAUUGUCCUGUGGAGUCUCGUGUGCGUUCCCACAUGAAUGUGCCAUUCCGCAUUGGCAGCGCUGCCGGCAACGAUGCCCUGGAAAAGGAGUUUCUAGCCAAGGCCGAGACCGAGGGCAUGAUUCAGCUGAAGGGUCAUCGCUCUGUGGGCGGUAUUCGUGCCUCUCUGUAUAAUGCCAUCACGCUGGAUGAAACACAGCAGCUGGCCAAGCUCAUGCUGUCAUUUUAUGAGAAGAAUAAAAACUAAGCGCAUUGGCUAACA